AAGUUGCUGGUAAACAUGUUGUCAGCUGAAUCCUGCAAAAAAGCCUAGAGUAUCACUUACGAGCAGCACCGUUUAAACGAACCCUCAAUCACCAGCGAUCAGACUUGGAGGGUGUCUGGUUGGUAGUCGAGGAAGUUGAGCACCCGUUCGUUCAAGCGUCUUUAAGAUCAAACGCCUCAGCGCUCAAGUCUGCGACCGCUGCUAUGUGCAUCCUCCUAUACGUAAGGACUGCAUCGAUGGUUGUGACACACAUUCCACAAGGUGCUGCACUCUCUACCCACUCUGCACGUCUCAUCUGGUUUGUUUUGAACUCGAUGUCAUCAACUCUUCCAGCACGUUUGCAGGUUAUGGGGCAGCGCCUAUCUCCAGGAUGGACUUGUUUGUUUUCUAAAGAAGUCCCCGUUCACAUCGAGCAGUUGAAGGAUGUAUGGUUGGUGUUACCAUCAUCCUUCCCUGUCAAAUGCACAUCUCCAUCAGACAUUUACAUCUCAUUGAAACCUUCGUGUUUCGUUUCGCACGACCGGAGCAUCGACACGGUCUUUGAGAGACGUCAAUGCGAUCCUCGAAUCCAUCAUCGUAUCAACUAGAGCUUGUAUUGCGGAAAUGGUAUCCUAUAGACAGUAGCCACGAGUUCAGCCAGCAGAAAACCUACUGUCCUUUUAUGGGUCACUCGAACUCUUGAUCCUGGCACACACACCUGUCGACAGAAUUGAUCCAUAUGUCCCGGCGGCAUUUGCCCAAGUGCCUGCAG